AUGAAUUAUUGUUCAAGUUUUUCUGGAUUCAAUCUCUAUCAUACUAAUCAUCUACGAAAUGGUCUUUAUCGUGAUUGUUUAUAUUACCAAGUUUUAGAACGACGUUCGACCUAUCAACUAAUCGAAUAUUGUAUCUGUUCGGAGCUUGAAGAAGAUGUAUCAGAUGAUAUUGGUGAGCAUCGUAGGUUUACAUUUGAAGAUUUACGCAAGCAGAACAUAACCAGCGAAAUGUUGAUUGAAUGGUCAGCACCUGUCGAUCUUAUUGAAAAUUAUCAAAUCUAUCUUGAUAAUCAUUCAGCACCAAGUUCAUUUAUAUUUUAUAACUGCACUUUUCCAUGGUUUGGCUCCCAUUGCGAAUAUAGUUUCGAUAAACCUGAAUUUUCUUUUGCAAAGCAAGUUCUAAAACGUUUUGGCACUGAUGUAUACCGGUUGCAGAUUCCUGAUAUAUUACCCUGUUAUACGCAUUUACAAUGUGAUCGUACAGGUGAUCAUGGUCAAACACCAGGUGCAUGUCUUGAUUGGCGUGAAAUAUGCGAUGGAGAAGUUCAUUGUCUUGAUGGUGGACGUGACGAAGAACAAUGUUGGCAAUUGGAGAUCAAUGAAUGUGAUAAUGAAACAGAAUAUCGAUGCCACAAUGGACAAUGCAUUCCUCGAGAUUUUCUAAAUGAUGACUUACUAUAUCCUGACUGUUUGGAUCAAAGCGAUGAAUAUGUUAUUUUGCGAUCAUGGAUAUUCGAUUCUAGAGAAAUAGCAGAUUGCUACGCAGAACAUGAUUUUCGGUGUGAAGAACGUCUGUUUCGCCGGACAACGGAUAAAUAUGCAACUAUCCCGUGCGGCGAUGGUUCAUCGUCUGGAACAUUUUCAUAUAACUGCAGAAAUCAUCGAAUUGAAAUAUUAACAAGUGCAUUUCUUCGAGGAGUAAAUGUUUCCGAAGAAUGCCGCCAGGCUAUUGCCUCUUUAACGGGCAUUUCAAUGUUUGCUAGUUACCCAAGCAAAGUGCACAACAUGAGUCUGCUUUCCACUUAUGUUAAACUUACUAAACAACAUUGCCCACUUGUUAUUGAAUUCCCACCUUUAUUAUUCGGUCAUGUGCGUUUCAUUUACAAAAAUGAUCAGUCUCAUGUGAGUACAUCAAUGAUAAAUAACUGA